GCAAUAUGGUGGCUAUGAGUAUUCUCAGCAAGGUGGAUAUGUCCCUCCAGAGAUGAUCCCGCCUCAACAGCCAUAUACUGGUCAAAUUUUUCAGCCAACACCAGCAUAUACUCCAUCUUCACCACAAUCGUUCUAUGGAAACAAUUUUGAGGAUGAACCUCCGUUACUAGAAGAACUAGGAAUAAAUUUUGACCAUAUCUGGCAGAAGACUUUAACAGUACUACACCCAUUAAAAGCUGCAGAUGGCAACAUUAUGAAUGAAACUGAUCUGGCAGGACCUAUGGUCUUCUGCCUAGCCUUUGGAGCUACCUUAUUGUUGGCUGGAAAAAUUCAGUUCGGCUACGUAUAUGGAAUUAGUGCAAUAGGGUGUCUAGGAAUGUUCUGUCUCCUGAAUCUGAUGAGUAUGACAGGUGUCUCAUUUGGUUGUGUUGCAAGUGUCCUAGGAUAUUGUCUUCUUCCUAUGAUCAUACUUUCAAGCUUUGGAAUUGUAUUUUCCCUACAGGGCAUGAUGGGAAUUAUUCUUGCUGCUGGAAUUAUUGGAUGGUGUAGUUUUUCGGCCUCCAAGCUCUUCAUCUCAGCAUUAGCAAUGGAAGGACAACAACUUCUAGUAGCAUAUCCCUGUGCUUUAUUAUAUGGAGUCUUCGCCCUCAUUUCUGUGUUUUGAGCUGACUGUCUUAAUUAUUGGACUUAAAUGAGCCGAACUGAAAGCUUUUACUUGGGAUCCUUAAACUGGGACCAGAAAUCAACUGUUGGCUGCUAUCUUUCAAGAUUAAUAUUUGAAUUAUUGUCUGGAGCAACAAUAACAAAGUUUUCCUUUUGUGUUUCUUUUUAUAGGACUCUUAAAUACAUUUUUACAUUGACCUAUAAAAGCUUCAGCUUUCAAACAAGCUAAUUAUGCUGUUUAAAAUGUAAAACUCUUUUCAGUCCUAUAACUUGCAAAAUGUUAUUUUUGAAAAAUUUUGUAAUUCAGAAAUUUUUAUUGACAAAAGAAAAUGAAAUCAUUAACAUGUUUUCCCAUAGUAAUAUAUAGCAACAAAUUUAAAUGACAAACAUUUCCCAUUUUAUCAACUUAGCAAAAUAGAAAAUUUCUCAUAAUAACAUUUAAUCUGAAAGCAAACACAAAAUGGAUCCCAUAUAUAAUUUUUCAGCCUUUUUAUAAUCCUCCAAUUCUUUUUCUUUACUAUCCAAAUGUCUUUCCAGGCUCAAAGUUAUUGUGUUUAUUUCAUUUUAUAUAUACUUUGUAAAUAGUUCUGUCAUCUUAUAUACAUGUGGGAAAGUGCUUUUUAUUGCAAAAUUGAAAAUUCCAGUAGUUCACCAAAAGCUUGUUUUAGAAAACAGCUUUGACAAAUAUCAGUAAUGCAGUCUAGUAUAAAACACACAGAUUGAAUUUUCUCAAAAUGUUCUUACGUUUUUCCUUUUAGUAAUUUCCUUUACUGUAAUAUUGUCCACUACAGAAUUGCUUAGCUAUUUAUUUGAAUAAAAAUUUAUUCCCACUGAG